AUGGACGCAGUAGUGGACGAGGUCAUAGCGGAGAGUGCCGAUCAAAGCUUCGAGAAGGCUGCCUCGACGAUCGGCCACCUCACCUUGCCCAGCACAACCCUCUGGCUUCACCCGGCCAUCGUCAUCCUCCUUACUGCCUCCCUUUCGCACACCCUCAAGUCCAUCGGGAGUGAGGCGAUUCUCACCUUUCUCGUCCAGCCCACCCAUUCUUUCCUCUUUCAGCGAGGACUCGCUCGCAAGCAAAGCGUAUUGAAGCGUGACCUCUUUGAGACGCGCCAACAAUUAGGAAAGACGAGCAGCCAAGACGAGUUUGCCAAAUGGGCCAAACUGCGUCGUAAAGUGGACAAAACGCUGGCCGAACUGGAGGGGGUCAACAAAUCCCUUUCCUCGUCUCGAUCCACGCUGAGCAUGAUUGUCAAGGCGCUUCUGUUCAUCGUGACUACCUUGGCGCCCUUUGCGGUGACAACGUAUUAUAGGAAGACGCCCAUCUUCUGGCUUCCUCCGGGAGCGGCUAUUCCACCAAUGGCGCUCAUUCGUGGGGGCAAGAAGGCCGGUGGGACGGCUGCGGCUAAUUGGCUGGGUCCGAUGGGAUGGGUGCUUAGCUUGCCGAGCGCACCGGCCGGCGCCGUCUCCGCCACAGUCUGGAAUAUGGUCUGUGGCCGC